AGGAAGUAGAAAAAGUGCACUUCCGGAAAACAAGAACAGAAAAUGGCUGCUUCUGCGUUCGGAUGUGAACAUUAUUUACGCAGCUGUUUACUAAAAGCUCCUUGCUGCAGUAAAUUAUAUGUCUGUCGUCUUUGUCACGAUGCUAAAGAAAAUCAUCAGAUGGAUCGUUUUAAGGUGAAGGAAAUAGAAUGUUCCAUAUGCAACAGGAUCCAGAAGGCACAGCAGAUUUGUGAAUGCUGCGGAAUAAAGUUUGGUGAAUAUUAUUGUGAUAUAUGUCACCUUUUUGACAAAGACCAACAGCAGUAUCACUGUGAACAGUGUGGAAUUUGUAGGAUUGGCCCCAAAGAAAAGUACUUUCACUGUGUAAAGUGUAACUUGUGCUUAGCCAGUGAUCUACGAGGAAAUCAUAAGUGUGUUGAAAAUGUGUCCCGGCAAAACUGCCCUGUUUGUAUGGAGGAUAUUCACACAUCACGAAUAGGUGCCCAAGUUUUACCAUGUGGCCACCUUCUUCACAAAACAUGUUAUGAAGACAUGUCUAAGAUGGGAGUAUAUAGAUGUCCUCUGUGUAUGCAUUCAGCUGGGGACAUGGCAAGGUGCUGGGAGGAACUGGACAAAGAAAUAUCCCAGACUCCGAUGCCAUCUGAAUAUCAAAAUGUAACUGUAAAGGUUCUGUGUAAUGACUGCCAGACACAUUGCACUGUACCGUUCCAUGUGCUGGGAAUGAAGUGUAGUGGUUGUGGGUCCUAUAAUACAGCUCGGGAUGGAGGAUUGAUUAAUCAAGAGCCACAAGAAUGAUGAAAACAUGUUAAAUUGUAUGUUGUUUCUUUCUUUCCACCAGCUGUCACAUUUUAAAUACAAUUGUAUUUAACUAAUCAGAAUUGCUUGCCUUAAAAAAUAAAAUCGUAUUAAUAAUGUGUUAUAUCGGUAGUAAAAACGUGUCCCUGCAAUAUGUAGCAUUCCAGUAUCUGCCAUACUAGAAAUGUUGAUCAUCACUUUGUAUUCAGAGAAAGGUUCAGCUACCACUUAUGUCUUGUCAUCUUGAUACAUGCAAAUACCUGGCAACAGGUUUUUAAUGAAGGUAGCAUUAUUUAGUUGGUAAGAACAUUCUUUAAAGCAGGCUUUUGAGUAUCAGAAUCUGCUGAUAUACUUAGUUGUCUAUCCAAAUGUCACAGUAGUCCGAAGUGCAUAGUAGUUUGAGACUUUCCAUGCUUUGCAGUUGAGUUAAAUUACACCCUUGAGCAUGUUACCUGCAAUCUCUCUAAUUAUAUGUAUAGUAAUCUGGAAUUGAUCUAACUUAAGCAAUGGAACUCUUAUUUCUAAUGAUACAUCAUCCGUAACUAUUCAAUACUUAACAGUGCUGGAUUUAGAAGUACAAAAAGAAAUUUAAACUUAAAUUCAAUGACAAAUGUUUCGACUAGAAGUCUUUUUGAGUGUGAAUCAUUUCCAAUGAUAAACUAAUCUCUACAUAAAGAGGAUAUAUUUCUUUUAAUGAGACUGAUAGUUCUGUGUUGAGUAUGGUACAGACAUACUUGCUGGCUUGUACUGAAAAGCUUUCAUAGUCAUAGUUUAUGAUUUUGCCACUGUUUAGCAUCACACAUAUAGAUAUAAAUGUAUCGCUUUGCCCCAAGGGAUGCGAUUUUUGUAUUUUUAUUUUUUUUAGUAUGCAUUAUGUGUUAUUCAGACAUGACUGUAUUUUGAAUUGUAUUUCUUAACUCUGAGAUGAAACUUUAAUAUGUGUGACGUGCAAGUCCAGGUUGCUAAAUUUAAAAUAUCUAUUUGUUAUGACUUUUUUUUUCUUGUUUGAUGUUUCUGUUUAAAAAAAAAAACAAAACAAAAAAAAAAACUGUCCCUCUCAAAAGAAUAUUCAAUGUGGCCAAAAAUUCAGAGUACAGCAGUACAAGAAGUCAAUAAAUUAUACAAUUGAAAACAUAUCCAUGUGUUUUUAAAAUAUACAAAAUAUUUUUAUUUAAUGGCUCACAAAAUACAAGAUUGGUAAUACAGCCUUUUUCAAAGUGGCUGAGUGCAUUAGUUCUAUUAAAAAAAUAUAUAGAAAAUGCUUUUAUCAGCAUAGCUUAACAGGUAACAUGAAUGAAACUGGUUCUAUAUGAGGCUAACUAGAUUAUCAAUUUUAAAACAGAGGAGUGAUAUGUAGAAUUACUUUUUUUUUUUUCUACAAAAGGGUUACUUGAUCAGAUCAAUAACAAUAAACAUAAAUAUGUCCACCACGUGGCUAUAUGUAUUUUGAAGUACAAUCGUCUAUCUUAGUCUUGGUCCAUAGUAUUUAUCGGUAAACUAAUUUUUGUACUAGAAAUGACCACGUUGGUUGCAACAUUUAUAUUACAAUCAGGAAGAAAUAGCUGUCACAAGCUUAUAUUUUCUGGACAUGGAUAUUGAAAAAAUAAACCUUAAUGUCACUUGAAUUGUCUUGAUUUUCACUCAACUGGACUUUUAAAUGGUUGUUCGAGGCUCUGUGGUUGUCAUAGCAGCAAUCGGGUGAAAUUCUGCCGGUACUCACCGGGACUUCUUUUGAUGCCGGUACUGGGUACCGGGACUUACUCAAUCUGCUUUUCAACCAACGCGGAUGCAUCCAUCCACUCACACAGUCCACUAGCGCAGCGUUUCUCAAAUGCACUUUCAUUCAGCACAGUUUGUGCUGCUUGCAUUCUGUUUCCUCAUACUGCUUCUUGUUUCUGUUAGCUGCUAUUGGCCACCAUUAACAUCAGUUUAAUCACUGCAUGUUGAUUGGCCGAGCUUUGAUUCUGAUCAGAUUUCAUUCUGGCAUGAGUCACAAGUCUCCGCCCAUUUCGCUUUGUGUCAGUGCUCAUUUGUUGGUCAACGAGAGAAGACUUUAGCAGUGCAACGUGAAAACAGCAGUAUGGAGUAAUUAUCAUUAUUAUGAAGUAAUAAUUAUUUUCUUUAGUGUGGUGAAGAAACUAUCUGAAAUAUUCGAAACAAACAUUGCUGCACAUGAAUUUGAAGGCAAAAAUCCACAUCAGUGUUCACCAUAAAUUACAUAGUUGAUAAAUAAAAUAAAUUAUCAUAAUGUGUUUUGCCUUGCUCCGAAUUUGCCAAAGUGAUGUGUGGGACAGUAGGGAUUAACAGUAACGUAAAAAAAACAGGAUCAAAGUGCAACUUCAGGCUUCAAGCUUUUCAAACACUGGCCCAACUUGCAAGGUACAUGUUAAGCAAAAUGUUUUGUUUUGUUGUGAUCCUAGUAUUUUCUGUUAAGACGACUAUAAUAAACGAAAACCAAAAUGG